CAAGGAAAAGAAGUAAGAGUUGUGUAUUUAGAUAUAAGUAAGGCGUUUGACUGUGUGUGGCAUCGCGGAUUGUUAAAAAAACUGGAAUCGCUUGGUAUUUGUGGUUCUUUACUGCAUUGGUUUGAAAGCUAUUUGCAGGAUAGAAUGCAACGUGUCGUUCUCGAGGGUCAAUCAUCGGAAUGGAAAAAAUUAUAUUGGGGUGUACCUCAAGGUUCAGUACUAGGGCCACUUUUGUUCUUAAUAUAUGUAAAUGAUAUUACAGAUGAUCUUGAAUCAAAGCCUUUUGUUUAUGCUGAUGAUACCACGCUAUUUGAGGUCAUAGAUGAUCCUGUUGAAUCAGCUGAAAAUCUUAAUAACGAUUUAGCUAAGAUUUCUGAGUGGUCAGAUAAGUGGUUGGUUACUAUGAAACCCCUCAAAAACUAG